CAAGCUUAUUGCAUUUCAUUGAAGAUCAAAACAAGAUCACAUCAACAACGGGAAUGAUUGUGCGGUAGCCUUUGCUUCAAACCCUGCCGGCGGCAGACAGGAAGCAAUAUAAUCAACGAACAUGGAGUCCUCGAGAGUGUUCGUCAAGAAUCUGCCACCGACCAUUUCGGAGGCCGAGUUUCGCAACCACUUCUCUGCCCAGGGUCGCGAAGUCACCGAUGUCAAGCUCUUCUCUAACCGCCGCAUCGGCUUUGUUGGCUACAAGUCGCAUGAAGAUGCUGCAAAGGCCGUCAAGUACUUCAACAAAACCUUCAUCCGGUUGUCUAGGAUAUCUGUCGACUUGGCCAAGCCGAUUGCAGACUCAAAACCGAAAUUGCCAGCCGCAAAGGAUGAGCAGCGUCAUGAUGGCGCCGGCAUUUCCUCUCGCAAGCUUGACGGCACCGGCGUAGACCAAACCGAUGACGAGAAAUCAAAGAAGAGAAAGAGGGAGGCACUUGAGGAGGCGGAUCCCAAGCUGCAAGAGUACCUUGAGGUUAUGGGACAUCCGGUCAAGAAGCCCCGUGACAGGGAAGUGGUUGGCACCGGUCAAGAGGCUGAUUCGGUAGCCGCCGUCCCCCCUGCCGUCAUUGAGGCGGGCGAGAGCGACGACGAGUAUGAGGAUAUCCCCUCGCUCAAACCGAAAGGGGGGCCCAAAGGGGAUCCCGCUCCUGUCGAGGCCGCACCCACAGCUGUGCCAGAUGGCGAAGGCCCUACGCCGGCAGCAGGAGACGUACGCGUGAGGGAGGUGCCGAAGGUGGCUGCAGACGCGACAGAUGAUGACUGGCUCCGGUCAAGGACAAAUCGUCUGCUUGACCUCGUGGAUCCUGAUGACCCAGAGUUUGCUGCGCGGGCAGUUCCAUCGGCCCCCGCAGCCGCGACCACCCAUGCACCCGAGCCAAAAGAUUCGGGACAUGUUGAAACAACCACCAAUACUGAUGGCCCCAACCAGGGCGCACCCGUGCCAACUGAGGAUACCGAGGACGCCAUAAAGCAAAUCGAAAAGACUCGCAGGCUGUUCUUGCGGAAUCUCAGCUACACCGUCACAGAGGAUGACAUUCAAGAGCACUUCUCCAAGUUUGGGGCUCUGGAAGAGGUAAAUCUUCCGUUGGAUAGCCGGGGCCAAGGCAAGGGUUUCGCCAUGAUCCGCUAUGAGCAGCCGGCUGCCGCGGUCGCGGCAUUUCAGACAGACGGCUCGAUCUUUCAGGGCCGAAUAAUACACAUCAUCCCUGGUUCGGCGAAAAGGGAGAAGAAACUGGAUGAAUUCGCACUUUCCAAGCUGCCCCACAAGAAGCAGCAGCUUCUCAAGAAGAAGGCCGAGGCAGCGUCUAGCACCUUCAACUGGAAUUCGCUCUUCAUGAGCCAAGACGCUGUCAACACAGCCGUGGCAGAACGUCUCGGUAUUUCCAAACACGAGCUCCUGGAUCCCACGGACGCGUCUGCUGCCGUGAAACAGGCAGUUGCGGAGACCACGGUGAUUCAAGAGGCUAAAGCCCACUUCGCCGCCCAUGGGGUGAAUAUCGAGGCGUUCAAGUCGCAGCAGCGAGGCGACACUGCGAUCCUCGUCAAGAAUAUCAAGAACGCCUCGAUCGAAGAAUUGAGAAACCUCUUUGAGGAGCAUGGUUCUGUGGUGAGGGUUCUGAUGCCGCCGAGCGGUACCAUCGCCAUCGUCCAGUUUGGACAGCCGGCGGCUUGCCGAGCCGCCUUCGCCAAGAAGGCGUACUCACGGUUCAAAGAUUCAGUGUUGUUUCUGGAGAAAGCCCCCAAAGGAUUGUUCGUAGACAAUGCGGCCCCGCCUCAGGAACCUCAGGAUCGCCCUGCUGGCGUUCAGAAGCCCUCGGUUGCCGAUCUGCUGGAGCGCCAUGACGACGAGGAUCAGCAACUCGAGACGACCUCUCUGUAUGUCCGUAAUCUCAACUUCUCAACCACCGCCGAGGGCUUGACCAAUGCCUUCAAACACCUGGACGGGUUUGUGAGCGCCACGGUCAAGACCAAAAAGGAUCCCAAGCGGCCGGGUCAGGUGCUCAGCAUGGGUUUCGGAUUCUGUGCCUUCAGGACCAAAGAGCAGGCUCAAGCGGCUCUGAAGGUCAUGGACGGCUAUGUGCUGGACGCGCAUAAGCUUUCCGUAAAGGCUUCGCACAGGGGCCAUGACGCCGCUGAAGAACGCAGGCGUGAAGACCUUGCCAAGAAAGCAGCGGCGCAGCGGACAAAGAUUGUCAUCAAGAACCUUCCAUUCGAGGCAACCAAAAAGGAUGUGCGUGCCUUGUUUAGUGCUUAUGGCAAACUGGUUGCACUUCGCCUCCCGAAGAAGUUCAACUCGAUGUCGCGCGGCUUCGCAUUUGCCGAGUUCGCCACGGCCAAAGAGGCGCUUAACGCUCUUACUGCACUCAAGGACACUCAUCUUCUGGGACGCCGGCUGGUUCUCGACUUUGCAGAGGCUGAUGAGGUUGACCCAGAAGAGCAAAUCAAGGCCAUGGAGAAGAAGAUCAGGGGACAGGUGAACAAAGUCACAUUACAGAAGCUCACGGGAGAAGGGAGGAAACGGAUCAACAUCGGGGAUAAAGAUGAGGAUGAGGCAUGACAGCACGAAGAAUCGAUCUCUAGAUAGAUCUUGGAUCAUCAGAGACAAAGAAGGACCAGUACCCUCGAGAGUUAACUUAUUUUUGGUGGCUAUGCCGCCCUUGCCGAGGAGGCGUUGUCCAUAUCCCUGCGGUUCCCUUUGCAGAACCCCCCACCUCUGCCCUGUUGAAGAAUACCCGGCCAGCCUUUCACGCCUUCCCAUUGCG